CAGAAUAUCUGUAUUAAAUCAUUAUGGCGAAGUGGGGAGAAGGAGACCCUCGCUGGAUCGUGGAGGAGAGAGCGGAUGCUACAAAUGUCAACAACUGGCACUGGACCGAGAGGGACGCCACAAACUGGUCAUCAGAGAAGCUGAAGGAGCUGCUCAUGGGGUUGCAAGUGGAGAGUGAAGAAGGCAAGUGUGAGAUCACAGAGGUCAGCAAGGUGGAGGGAGAAGCAUCCAUCAAUAACCGCAAAGGGAAGCUUAUAUUCUUCUAUGAGUGGAAUCUGAAGGCCGCCUGGAAAGGGACAUCAAAAUCAGGCAUCAAAUACAAGGGGAAUAUUGAAGUUCCAAACCUUUCGGAUGAAAAUGACAUGGACGACCUUGAUAUCAGUGUGAGUCUUUGUAAAGAUGAGCCCGAGACGGAGCUGCUUUCUCUGAUGAGGAGCGAGGGAGUCAAAAAAAUCCGCACGGCGCUGGCUAGUUACGUGGACUUCCUCAAAACGGAGUUCACACAGGGCAUGAUCCUGCCAACAGCCAAUGGCGUGACGAAACAGCAGAAAGCGCAAGCAACAACCAAGUCAAACAAAACUCAGAUUGGCUCAUGUAGCCCUGCUCCUCCUCCUCCCAACACAGGGGUAAAAAUCCCCACCUGCAAGUUCUCAUUAAAGGACACCUUCCUCACCUCACCAGAAGACCUUUACAGGGUCUUUCUCAAUCAGGAGAUGGUGCAGGCUUUCACACGCAGCAGUGCUGUGGUUGAGGCUGAAAAGGGUGGAAAGUUUCGACUGUUGGACGGAAACGUGAACGGAGAGUUCCACGAGCUGGUUCCUGAGCAGAAGAUAGUCAUGAAGUGGAGGUUCAACUCAUGGCCUUGUGAGCACUAUGCGAUGGUGACAUUGACUUUCACAGACAAGGGUAACGAGACCGAGUUAAAGAUUGAGUGUCGGGCGGUUCCUGAGAGUGAAGAGGAACGAACACGAGAUGGCUGGCAGAGGUACUAUUGCCACGCCAUUAAACAGACAUUUGGCUACGGCGCACGACUCUGCUGAGCCCAGGAUGUAGCGGCCUCCGUUUUCGGCUCUUUUGUUUGUUUAAUGGUUUUUAUCUUUGUUCAUUUGGCUCCACCUACAAAAGAGAGGAUCAGAAUGUGACUCUACUGAACAGCAACUAAACAUUCCUUUAUUUGGAUGAUUUUGAUGUUUACAGUGAAUGAAAAGAUGAGAUGAGUGCUAAAGAGGAGACUUUGUCAUAUGAAAUAUCUGUGUAUGUGUGUAAUAUAGUGUACUUAUUUUAGCAUGGUAACUCUCUGACGGCACUCCUGUCCGGUUCUGUGAAAGGGUCACAGGGUUGAACGGUGCCUUUUAUGCACUGGGUGGUUUGUGAUACGUUAAGAGGCUUUCCUUUGGAUCUUCUUGAAGACGGUUUGGAGAGAGAACAAUAAAGAGAGAUUUCGGACCA